GAAUAUAUAUGUCCCAGAUGUGAAUCAGGCUUUAUUGAAGAAGUGACAGAUGAUUCCAGAAUCUAAAGUUGAAGGUCCCUUCCACAACCAGGAAAAACUACACGUUUUACAUUUUUUAGGUGGUGGUGGCAGCCGGAUAGACAAUAGCACAUCAACACAUUUUGCCGAGCUUUGGGGCCAUUUGGAUCACACAAUGUUUUUCCAAGAUUUUAGACCAUUUUUAAGUAACAACCCACUGGACCACGAUAACAGAGCCAAUGAGAGGGGUCACCAAACUCACACUGACUUCUGGGGGCCAAGUCGACCUCCAAGGCUGCCAGUGACUCGGAGAUACAGGUCUCGGGGAAGUACUCGUCCUGAUAGAUCUCCAGCUAUUGAAGGAAUAAUACAACAGAUCUUUGCAGGAUUCUUUGCAAAUUCUACAAUUCCUGGAUCUCCCCACCCUUUUUCUUGGAGCGGGAUGCUGCACUCCAACCCUGGGGACUAUGCCUGGGGUCAGACAGGGCUUGAUGCCAUUGUAACCCAGCUUUUAGGACAACUGGAAAAUACAGGGCCUCCACCAGCCGACAAGGAAAAGAUCACAUCUCUUCCAACAGUGACAGUAACUCAGGAACAAGUUGAGAUGGGCCUAGAAUGUCCAGUAUGCAAAGAAGACUACACAGUUGAGGAGGCAGUCCGGCAGCUUCCCUGCAGUCACCUCUUCCACAGCAGCUGUAUCGUGCCGUGGCUAGAACUGCAUGACACGUGCCCCGUAUGUAGGAAGAGCUUAAAUGGUGAGGACUCUACUCGGCAAACCCAGAACUCUGAGGCCUCUGCAAGCAACAGAUUUAGCAGUGACAACCAGCUACAUGACCGAUGGACUUUCUGAAACUAAAGACCAUACCUGAACCAGGGCUGUCUGUGGUAGUCUUAUUACCAUAGCUGUAAAUUGUAUCAAAACAAACAAACGUAGUAGAUGGAUUUAGGAAUCACAUAAGAAGCCCCAACCCAUACUAUGAAUGCCAUGAGUGUUUUCUUCUCUAAAUUGAAAGUUAGUUCCUACAGAUGGAAUUGUAUCUACAACCAAAUGCCUCUUGUUCCUAAAUUCAGAGUGAUACUUUUAUAAGUGUGAAACAAUUAUGUUGGUUUGCUCCUGCCUGAAUAGAAUCAAUUCCUUAAAGUCUAGGUAGGGUCCUGCUGUGUGUCCUGUUGCCCAGUGAUGGAUGUUUCUAGCCCCUCCCCCACCAUGAACGCAUUUCACAGCAAAUACAAAGGAAUCAGUGCCCUAAAGUCCUACCAGUAUAAAUCCCUUUGUCUUAAUUGUACAAAAACAUUUUGACCACAUUAGUGAGGUAAGAUUAAUUUAGGAAUCUGAGACUACUGAAUUUGUUUUGUCUUGAUCCUCCAAGAGCUCAAAGAAAAUAACAGUGGGAAGGAAGAACUGGUCCAUCAUCACACACUUAGGUUUUCUCAUUUUGAUUUUCAGACACUAUUUCAAGAAUUGCAGUUUCCUUAGAACCAGCAUGACAUGUGCUAGGAAUCUUAAUGUCGGUGGGAGUUUGAUUCUGGUUCCUUUCUGGGAAUGAAAUAGGCAGCAUACAUAUGCAGAAAGAUGUUUGGAAUCUUCAGUUCUGAGAUUUUUUUUUUAAUCUCCCAACUCAUUAUUUACUGUCUUUUUGUCUUAGGAUUACUUCAUUACUGCUUCUACAGCCAAUUCAAUGUUUUUGGUAAUUUAUUGCUCAUUAGAAAUUGGAAUUUUGUGUUGUCUUAAUUUUUAAAGCUCAUUUUUCAUCUCUGAAGCUUUUCCUGUUCUGCUUGGUUCUGACUCUGCUUGGAGUCAAGCUGAUUAAUGUGAUCAUGCCCUAACUCGCUUGGCCAGUAAAGGUUGGCCUUGCUUUCUACGUCUAACAGUGUCCAUACAGAUGCUCUUUAAGUGUUUAAAACUAAAUAAAUGAAGAAUGUAAAGAAUGUUGCUGGAAA